AUGCCAUUCCUCCGCCGGCACGCGCCUCGAUGGCCGCCAUCUCCCUUAGUGGAAGAUGAAUAUGUUUCUUUGGCCCGCGAAUUGCAUGGCCUGUCUAACCUGGGGGAGAAGCCUGGACUUGAGGGCGUCUGUGUUAGAGGGACCAUCAACCAGGAACCUAUGAUCUUGGACUUGGACCGUCGGUCCUCAAGUCCUCCGCCGCUUGUCCCUUGCACGGAAAACUGUUCGUCAGAUGAGAGCAACGGUCCUCCUACGCCUCCUCCAAUCCAUGCCAAUCGCAAGCCAUUCUUCCCGGCCAUCAAAAAUCUUUCGUACGAAGCUUGGCCAAUGUCUCCUCGGGCUGGUACGCCCCCGCCCCAAUCCUUCAACUUUGGCGACCUGUCGAACAUUGUUGCGGAACCCAAGCGAGGAUUUACUCCUCGAAGCUCCAAACAGCUAUUGCUUCCCGCUCAACAACGGCCUAUCCCCACGCCUGAUCACCGUCCGAACCCGGUUACAGCAAAGCCAAAUGCAAGCCAGGCCUAUCUGCCCCGAGAAAGCCAACCACGUCGAGAAUCCUCCCCUGGAGCCCUGUCCUUUUCUCGAAAAAUGGAAGAAAGGUUCAGACGCCACGAGCAGCGCCAGAGGGCCCCAAUAGUCGAAGAGCAGAGUAGUUGUGAGAGUCUACGCAGCUCAGCUACUGACUCUGUUAUUACCCCAUUUCCAAGAUCCAUCAAGAUGCCUGCAGCGACUGAGAGGUUCUUCAUCACCCAAUCUGCAUCUGCUCCGCAGUCUCCGAUCCGUGAACAUCACCGCAUGUCUCCAAGGUCGUCGAGAACCUUUGAUCUUUGUACGCCUCCGUCACCACGCCGUAUGUCGUCGAACGUGAUACCGCCUUCACCAAAACGGACGGUAUCCUUCCCGGACGAAGUACAAUUGAUCCACGCGGCCCCAGGUCGAAGAAUUGAAUUCUCACCUCGGGCGUCACCGCGGCCGUCGCCUCGAGCUUCGCCAGCACCAGCUCGUCGGAGCAGCUCUUCUCUGGAGUCGAAGCUUCCAGCAGUCUCUAAAACUUCCGAUCUCCGUCUCUCGCCCUGUCCUCGAUCGGUGCAGAUGCCUGGCCACCAGGAUUGGUCCACGAUCAGAGGCUUCGAUCACAUGCAUAUCUGCCCAUCAUGCACGGAAAACAUCUCCAACUCCAAAUUCGGCGGCUUCGUCAUCCCCAACGCCCCCAAGUCUCGCAACGACCUGAUCAAUUGCUCCCUCAGCGACCCCUGGGCCCGACUAGCCUGGUUCCAAACCAUCAAAGAAGAUCUCAACCACCUCGACAUCCUCUACAAAAUCACCCGCGGAACAAGCGUCUGCCCCGGCCGCGACAAAGCCACCGAAUACUGGUACAAAGUCGUCGACCCAGAGACAAAAGCUCAUCUCCCCGGCUUCAACGCCUGUCCCGCCUGCGUCCGAAACCUACGAAUCCUAAUGCCCACCCUCCGCUACGCCUUCAAGCGCAGCACCGUCAAGGACAAGCGCUCCUGCGACUUCGUCACCGACAGCCCCCGCUUCGUAAACUACAUCGACCUGCUCGACCGCGCGGCCAACCGCGCGGAGCGAGAAAUCCCACCCCGUGCUAAAAUCCCCGAAUUCAUCGCCUACGCACGACGCAAGACUUCCCUCCCGGAAUGCCGUCGCGAUCGACCAAAGUACAAAACCUGGCACUACAUCCCCCAAUUACCCGAAUUCACCGUCUGCGAGGACUGCUACGAAGACGUCGUCUGGCCGUUCGCUCAAGACGACGAACCCAUCGCCAACAAGUUCACGAGUACUCCGCGCCUCCUCCCGGGUACUGACAAAGCUUCUCGCUGCCGCGAGGCAACAUGCCAAUUAUACUCUCCGCGCAUGCGCGCGAAAUUCAAGGAUUCCGUGCAGAGGAAUGAUUUUGGUUUUCUGAAGGCUGCUGUGUUGAAGCGGUUUGGCGCGGAGCAGGUGUAUCAGGCGCGGCGGUCGAAGUUGCUGGGGCAGUGGGAUCGCGGGUAUGAUGUUGAUUUGGAGCUGAGGAAGAAUAAGGUGCCGUGGAGGAAUGGGUGGGAGUGA